AUGGUUAGUGCCUGGUAUGUUGGGUGUCAGUUUCUGCCUGAUCCAACAGGCGUCUACUUGCAGGUUGCCCUACUUGGACGGUCGAUUCUUGACGAUACUGUAUCCAGGCCAAGACGCUGCCAGAUACGCUGCUACCAGGACCUGGGCAGACACGCCGUGCACUUCACACACCCAGCGUCGAUGGAUCUGUCCCCGCGUAUCGGAAUCUUGACACCCCUCUCCCUUCUGGGUCCAAAUCCUGCACAUCCCUGA